AUGCCGAACGACUUCCAACUACAACAGAACUCUUCUACCACCAACGGGAACAGAGAGAAUAAGGCGGGAGUUAAUGUUGUCUUUUCUUUCAUCCCAUGCUUCAUCUUCCUCUACAUAAACUGUGUGAUGCUGUACACACUGAGAAGCAAGCCUGUGUUCCGUGAGACCUCCCGUUACCUCCUGCUCUACAACCUCCUAUUGGCUGAAACCUUACAGAUGAUAUUGGCUCAGAUGAUGUUUCUACUCGCUGCAGGCCUCGUGUUCAUGACACGCUUAGUGUGCCUUCUAGUUGUUAUACCGACCAUAAUUACCACCGUCACAUCGCCGUUCAGCCUGGCCGUGAUGUCGUUGGAGAGAUAUGUGGCCGUGUGUUUCCCUCUGAGGUAUGCCUGCAUCGUCACGGUCCCCACCACAUAUGGGGCCAUAGCCGUGGUGUGGGCCAUCAGCUAUGCCAACAUGUUGAUCAGAGUUAUCAUGUUAACGGCUCUUGAUUCCAGACCCUUUGGUCAGCUCAUGGGCAUUAUCUGCGCUAAGAGCACCCUAUUCCAGUUGAAAAUAUUCUCUGAGUUUGAGAGUGGUUUUGUCUGUGCUGAGUUUGUGUCGGUGGGCCUGAUCAUUAUCCUUUCCUACGUGGGAGUGAUGGUGGCGGCCAAGGCCGCCUCCACUGACAGAUUGUCAGCCAAUAAGGCUUCCAAGACAGUCCUGUUGCACAUGAUUCAGCUGAGCCUGAGUCUGUCGUCUUCCUUGGUAAGCACGAUACUGACAGGCCUCCAUGGGAAAGUAGAUGUGAUCACUUUCAGGCAUCUUCGGUUUUCUCUGUUCGUUUGCCUCAUCAUCCUCCCCAGGUGUCUUAGUUGUCUGAUUUACGGCCUGAGGGAUCAAAUUAUCAGACCGAUCUUUAUACGACACCUCAGAUUAGGAAUUAAUUGCGAAAUAUUCAAGUUUUACACUCAAUAUAUAAAUCAAUAAGCGACCUUUCACCUGCUAACAGUAACCUUCGUUAUGUUACGGAACACAACAUAAAAUGUAGA